AUUCCACCAAUACCAUGAAUAAGGAUUCCAUCAAUACCAUGAAUAAGGAUUCCAUCAAUACCAACAAUAAGGAUUCCAUCAAUACCAUGAAUAAGGAUUCCAUCAAUACCAUGAAUAAGGAUUCCAUCAAUACCAUGAAUAAGGAUUCCAUCAAUACCAACAAUAAGGAUUCCACCAAUACCAUGAAUAAGGAUUCCAUCAAUACCAUCAACAAGGAUUCCAUCAAUACCAUGAAUAAGGAUUCCAUCAAUACCAUGAAUAAGGAUUCCAUCAAUAUCAUGAAUAAGGAUUCCAUCAAUACCAUGAAUAAGGAUUCCAUCAAUACCAUGAAUAAGGAUUCCAUCAAUACCAUGAAUAAGGAUUCCAUCAAUACCAUGAAUAAGGAUUCCAUCAAUACCAUGAAUAAGGAUUCCAUCAAUACCAUGAAUAAGGAUUCCAUCAAUACCAUGAAUAAGGAUUCCAUCAAUACCAUGAAUAAGGAUUCCAUCAAUACCAUGAAUAAGGAUUCCAUCAAUAAUAUGAAUAAGGAUUCCAUCAAUACUAUCAAUAAGGAUUCCAUCAAUACCAUCAAUAAGGAUUCACUCAUCAAGCAUAAUUCCAUCCAUAGUAAUUUCUGCUAAAAUUGUUU